AUGGGAGAUUUAAUUCGUCAAAAUCCAGACGGUACCUACACCCGACUGGCAUCAAUGCCGACCACCCCAGCCUCAGCAGAUCCAUCAUCACUUUCUGAGGUUUUAACCAAAGAUGUCACGUUUAACCCAACCAACAACACUUGGGUCCGAAUAUACUUGCCCAAAAAAGCUCUAGUUGAUAACUCCUCCACUACAACCAAUAAGCUUCCUCUUAUUGUGUACUACCAUGGCGGUGGCUUCUACUUCACUACCGUUGCGACAACACUUAACCACAAUUUUUGCGACACAAUGUCGACACAACUUGACGCCGUGGUGGUCUCCGUUGAGUACCGCAUGGCCCCGGAGAAUCGGCUCCCAGCUGCAUACGAUGACGCCAUGGAGGCGUUGGAUUGGAUUAAAUCCACGGAUGAAAUUUGGUUACGUGAAUAUGCCGACAUCUCUAACUGUUUUCUUAUAGGGACCAGUGCAGGGGGUAAUAUACUCCACCGUGUUGGAGUGCGUGCGUCAGCAGCUGUCGAAGAACUUGCACCGUUGAAGAUCCGAGGGCUCAUAUUUCAUCAUCCGUUUUUUGGUGGGGUCACGAGGACUGAAUCCGAGAUAAGAGGUGUCAACGAUCCUGUUAUUCCUCAAGUCUCCACUGAUCUGUGUUGGGAACUUGGAUUACCAAUCGGCGCCGACCGCGAUCACAAGUACUCCAAUCCAAUGGCGGAUGAUCAGUGGUCUGUCAAUUGUGCUCGAAUUAAAAAUUUGGGGUGGCGUUUGCUGGUUGCAGGGGGUGAUCGUGAUCCUGUGUUUGAUCGCCAAAUGAUGUUUGUGGAGAUGCUCAAGAAAGAUGGGGUUAAUGUUAUUUCACAUUUUAUUCAAGGAAAUCCUCAUGGGGUCGAGAUUACGGAACCGAGUACAGCUCCAGCGCUAUUUGUUUCAAUUAAAAAGUUCAUAAAUAAUGACAUGUGA